AUGGCACGCCCACCAAACGGCAACGGCAAGGCGGAUCAGGCGCUAGGCGCACCUUCAGCUGUUGCGGUUCAAGUGAACAUUGAUACGCAAGUAGGAGUGGCUCAGGCCAGCUCAGAAGGCGCUUCUCCAAUGUCGACUUCGCCAGAUCUCUACAAGCCACAGAUGCUUCAUCCAGCCGAUUCGCCAGGCAGAAGCAUAGAUGCCACUGCCCGGCCUACUCGGCAAGGCGCCAGCGCCGCAGGGGUGAGCCAGCCCGGUGGAAGUGCUGCGAGCAUGCUACAUGCAGCGUGGAGUUUGGCUGCUGAAGCUAGUGGCAGCGCAGACGGCUUGGAAAGCGUCUCGACCGCUCUCAGAGGUCAAGCUGCUGCUGUGGUCGCCAAAGCCGGAGCUGAAAAUGGCCGGACUGGUGGUGACGCUGCCGCCGCUGCCGGAGGUUCAAGUAGCGUGGCAUCCGCAACCCUUGGUCUGGGCAGCGCUGCUGCUGCGGGUGCGAUGGCAGGCACUAGCGAGACGAUGGCUCGGAGAGCGAGCAACUCUGCUCAAUACUCUGCUGCGCUCUCGGCCCAAAUGUCGAGCGCUCUGCAAAGCAGCCAGAACAAGGUUGCGACGGACCCCGCUUCCACAGUUGCGAGCGGAUCUGGCUCUUCGCCAGACACUGCCGCGACCGGACAACUUGGAGCAACGCCAGCCUUGAUGCAACCAGAAUCGCCUCGUACUGCUCAAGCCCAGGUCGGAGAGCUGGCAGCUCGCGCCGCUUUGAUGGAAGGCGAGAGCCAGAUGCGAGUGGUUGCCAUGUUGCAAGCUAGUAUCGGUGGCAGUACGAGCGCACAAGAAGCUGCUGUCAUGUUGCCUCUGGCUAGCGUCACGGGACUUGCAGCUCGAAGAGCCAGCGCCUCCGCGGCGGCGGCAGCAGCAGCAGCAGCGAGCAGUUCGACGGACAGAACAAUCCGACAGACUACCCUCGCUGCUGCUCAGAACAGCGCCGUUUCUUCUAGCGACGCUUCCACUGUUCCCUCUUACCUCGACAGACUGGGCCUCUCCCAUAUCACUUUGCCCACUUCGGGCUUCGAACAGGCGUGGGGCAGACCGGCAAAAGAUGCUGGUCAGGCACAGCCAUUGAAGAAGGGAGAAACGUCUAGCAGACAUUAUUGGGAUGCGGGAGAUCCCAGGAUGGGCUUCAAUCUGGCGGGUGUUCCAAGCAUGCCUCGUGAGUAGCCUGUGCGAGCUAGGCGAAGAAGUCCUGCGAAUGCUCACCCUUCCGCAAUCAAUGACAAAUGCCAGUCAUGCCAACGCCACCGCUACAAAUGUUGCCGCCUCCUACGUCUCCAAUCCAUGCGAGGCGCGGAGGCGGAGUCGACCUGCCGACGACACCAUUCUUGUCAUCUUCCAAAGAUUCUCGAGGUCAUCAUAGCAUUGCGCAUAGCGUCGUCGGUAGUCCGGGGUUGAGCUCGACAUUGCCGUACCCGUUUCAGGUGGUCCAGACACCUGGGGGAACAGCAAGAGCCGGCUGGUGGGUGCCUCCCGAACAUGUCGCACCCAAUAAAAGGAAAGAGGUGGAGAAGCUCAGCGAGGGCGCCUUGGUUGCGCCACGUCUAACGCCUAGCCUUGCAGCCACAACAUCAUCAUCGUCAUCAACAUCAUCAGCAGCUUCCGAGGGCGCCAAUGUGCAUGCGGUGCCCACUGCUUCGGCGUACACUCAUCAUGUCUCAAAGGAAGAUCUUGUCUCCACAACUGGCACUCGAGGCGCCUCCUACGUUCAUUCAUCGUCCGAUCAGAAGCAACAGGACUUCGCACCUCCAGUCGAGGUCUUGCCCCUCUUUCAGCCCGCGUGAGUAUAGCUAUUUGAACUUUCUCUUGGUUUUGAACCUUGCUUCAUCCUGGUCUUUGAGCGUUGUCUCGAGUCUCACGUGCAGCCAAGCCUCGUCACGACCAUGAGCGCGUGCGCGAGACUGUGCUGGCUUCAACGCCGUAGGGUUCUCCAAAUUUCGCUGUCGAGCGCGUGCGAGAACGCCAACGCCGGCUGUAUGGCUGAGGUACGUGUUGUUAGCUGGGUGCCCUCGCCAAGGGGAUUCCUGGCGCAGACGCACGUUUGGUCGAGGCGUUGGGCUAUCUAGGUAUCCGUCUGCGCGUUGCGCCAGCCAAAUGCGGCGGAGAGGCCAGCCUAGCUGUGGCGACGAGCACGCAAACUCCGAUUUGUUUUGCUUUGCAGCGGCAAACGCCACCGAUUGACAAGACGGGUGUGGAAAGUUGCGACGGACGCUGAUCGCCGACUCAAAAAGGUCAGAUUGUAGAGUCUCGGCGUUCAGUGCUCAUGCAGCGCUUCGUGUCGCACAUCUGUCUCACCUCGGUGAUCUUCCGACCGCUGCCCAACCUUGUUGCCCUGUCAGAGGCCUGCUCUCAUAAGACUGUCGUCACUGGCUGUUCGUCCCGAGCGUCCAGAAACUUCUUUCGAGGGAAGCCUUUGUGUCUGCCAGUCACCAUUUCGCUCCAUCCCAACGCGCGCGCGCUUGCUUUCUCUACCUGUGCACUGCAUGUGCACGCAACACAGUCGCAAACGAGUUCGUCAUCAUGCUGACGAGACAAUCUUAAAACGCAGUUAUCGAGUGCUUCAGCCGGACGAAUAUGCUGUCCUGGCAUCUGCGGCUGCGUAUGCCACCGCGGCACUCACCACGACGACCAGUGGCGCGCCAUUUGAUCCCACCGCACCGGCCGAAAGAGCGCUCAAGGGCGAUGUGGUCAUGGAGCGCCCCCUGAGUGCAGAAGAGCAGGAAGCGAUCGCUGUGCAGCUCAGGGCUUGGGCCGGGUUGCAAGGACCUGAAAAGCAAGCGGAAGCGAGGCAACAUUUGGAAGAGCACCAAUCUCAGAUAUUUGCACAGCAGCAGCAGCGCAUGCAGUCUGAAGCUCGCGGGUCGAGAGGCGUCUCUGUUGCAGAAGCUAAGCUCCAGACUUCGGGUCCUCAGCUCUUUCCGCCUGAUUUUGCGAGCCAUUACAGAACGCAGCUGCGGGCUUUGGCCGAAGGCUACUACACCCGCUUGCACCGUGAUGGACUGGCUCGAGAUCACUAUGCGCCGCACGCAGCCGAGAGGGCAUCCUCCCUCGCUGGUCAUGCCAGGACAUCUGGAGCGUUAUCGUCCACGGCUGUAGCCACGCAUCCAUCUCAGCUGGCCGCAUUCGCGAGCCAACCUGGUCGCCCAGCGAGAGGAGACUCGGGCAAAUGCUUUCCCGAUAGCGCUUUUCAACCGCCUCAGGUCACCCAGCCUGCAUUGCAGUCAGGCCGACAAUCUGUGCGAGAUGCGACAAAUGCCGGUGGCCCGGUCAGCUUGGCCGAAAAGGCCAAGGAGGAUCUACGCGUCGCGCAAGAUGGUUCAGGCACUCGGAAUGCAGAUGCAUCGCCGCUGCCAAGACAACAGCAAGAUCUCGCAAGAGAGGGUAUCCUGCCGCAAAUCCAGCCAGUCGUGGGUCAGGAUCCGCUCGACCUCAUCUCGGCUGCGUCGUCGGCCGCUGGCGUCGAUGUGCACUCUCCAACUGUGCGGGAUCAGCUUCUCCAGUACGCCCACGCGCUCUACUCGAGCGGCACUACCGCAACAGCACAGCAGGGACAGCAGUCGUCGUCGCGGGGCGAAGAUGGACAAGGUACCAAUGGACAUGCCCAGCAACAAGCCGAGAACGCACCUGCUCGCCCUAGUGCUACUCUGCAUCCUACACUGUUGCCUUUGCUACACACCUUGCACAAGCUGCAUCCCCAGCACCUGCCCACCCUGCUCUUGCUUUCCUGCGCUUACUACACGUCGGGCGACUUGGCGGCUAGCUUGCACUACAACAAGCAGAUCUUACGAACGGAUCCCAACUACGUGGAGAGCAUGUCCAAUAUCGGCACCACCCUUCGAGCGCUUGGACGUUGGCGAGAGGCGGAAAGCUGGUGGUGGAGAGCUGUUCGUCUGCGACCUGGCUAUUGGGAUGCCUACGAGAACCUGCUCGGCGUGCUUUGUUCUCCGCAGCAAGCAAGCGAGGAGGAACAAUCCGUUCGAGUUGAAGAAGAGCGGGUGUCCCCAUCGACCGAGGACAAUCCACGGCAUCAUGAGGGCCAGCAAGAUGAGAAGUCGGGUACGGGGCCGCGCUUCCGAGAAGCCUUGAGGCUGUGCGAGUUUGUCGAAGCUCAUGUGCUCACGCGCCGCAGCGAUCAGGAUGGUAGGGAUGCGUCGAGAACGCGAAAAGUGCCAGGUGGAGAUCACCCUCAGUGCAUGCCCCAGCAUCUACCGACGUCGCAAGUAUGCCGGCUUCAAAAUUUGUUCUACGCCAAGGGUACGUCAUUGAGAAGUCACUGUUCUCCAAUUGAUCCGCUUACCCUCGUCUGCCUUGUCAACAGGAAACCUCAAGUACGUGCUGCCCGAGGCCGGUCUAGUGCCUGCAGCUCGCGCUUACCAGCAAGCGGUUGAAGUGGUCUUGUCGCCCUCGGAGUCUAGCGCACAUAGUUUGCGGGAUCUGGCCGUGGCGACUUGCGUCGCGGGUCUGCUUUCGCUUGGCACGACGUUGCCAGGAUCAGCCGCUGCUCAGGCCGCGAGCGAGGUCGCUUUGUCAAUCGGACUUGAUCCCAGUGACUCGACGCAGACAGCUUUGGUCGCACAAGGCAAUUAUAGCCAGCUCAGCUCACGCGGGAUCCUGGGCGCAGUGCGCGACUCGGGAGACCGCAUCGUCAGCACGCUCUUGCGACUUGGUGGAGGUCAAUUGCCGAUGGUCAUGCUGCUGCCAGACUCUGCCGUGCAGCUUGUCCGACUUCUUUUUGCUGAAACGUCUGGUGCGCUACCUGCGAUGUACUCUAGCUCUCAGCAGCAGCGCCAAUCGCCUGCUAAUCAGCAUCAGCAGGCCUUGCAGCAGUCUGCUCAGACCACCAGCACCAUCCUCUUGACGCUAGCCAAGUUGUUUCAGGAUGCUAUCGCGAAUCCGACUGCUGGGUCUCAUGGACCCUUGACUCUCGGCGGCAUCCCAGCAUCUACAUCGCUCUUGUUGCCACUGUACUAUCUCUCCAUCUCGCUACACCCAUCCGCUUCGACCGCGAACAAUCUUGGCAUCUUGCUGUCUUCCAUUCCCGUCGUGACCCACAUUGUCAAUGCGACGGGCCAACGACAACAACUGAAUGGACAGGCUCUGGCACUUCAAUACUAUACGUAUGGCUUGCAACUUGAUCCCAGCAACGCUCACUGUCACUGCAACCUAGGUUCCCUACUCAAAGAUCUUGGACACAUCAACGAGGCCAUCCAGAUGUACGAAAAGGCGGUUCAGCACAAUCCCACGUUUGAUGUCGCUUUGGCCAACCUCGGCAAUGCUAUCAAGGAUCAAGGCAGGACGCAAGAGUCGGUACAGUAUUAUCGACGCGCAGUCGACGUCAAUCCUCGCUUCCCAGAGGCGUUGUGCGGCCUCGUCAACGCUCUGCUUGCCAUUUGCGAUUGGCGCGAGGUUUAUUCCGAGAAGCCUGAGUGGGCCGGCUGGAUGACUGCUGUGAGGUCUCUCCUCACAAAGCAGCUACAGGAUGGCGCGAGCUAUGGUGUAGGCGCUUUGCAGGCUACUGCUACGCUGCAAGGCUGGGUCGACUCCGUUCAGACAUCUCUAGGCGAUCGGAGGAAGAGCGUACAGCAGCAGUGGACUGCUCGCUUUGAGCCGUUCUUCCGCUCGCUUGAUCGCGAAAAGGCCAGCGUGAACGAGGGUUCCUUCGUCAUUCGCCUGAUUGAACGCCUCCUGCGCCGCAUUCAGCGUCGCUGGUACCUCAGCAGAUAUGGACACUCCGUACGGGUGCCUGCGUCUGAAGCGCAGCCCCAAAUCCAGCCACAAGCGUCAGACGUGCAGCAGUAUCCUCGACUGGCUUUGCCUUCGUGCCUCGUGACGCCAGCAGUCCCGACGGUCCUUCCCUUUCACACUUUUACAUUGAAGAUUCUUCCACGCCACAUUCGUCUCAUUUCUCAUCGCAAUGCGCUUCGACUCACGCAACAGACCCUCAGUCAGCAAUGGCUGCCAGCACACGUAUACCCCCCGCCACCGCCACCAGCAUCAAGACUCCGCAUCGGCUACGUAUCCUCAGAUUUUAACAAUCAUCCGCUGGCGCAUCUCAUGCAGUCGGUAUUUGGGAUGCACGACCCGCAACGCUUCGAGAUCUUCCUGUACGCCACCACAGCUUCGGAUGGUAGUCCCUAUCGACAAAAGAUUGAGAAGGAGGCGCAAAAUUUCUACGAUGUCUCCACUUGGUCGAACCAGCAGAUCGUGCAGCGCGUCUUGGCGGAUGGUUGCCACAUUCUCAUGAAUUUGAGUGAGUCCUGCAGGUCUUCACGACAUCGUUAUCGCUUCACGCUUACAAAUUCCGAGUCCGGCAGAUGGCUACACCAAGGGCGCGCGGAAUGAGAUCUUCGCUGCUCGGCCGUGCCCCGUGCAAAUGGAGUUCAUGGGAUUUGCUGGCGGUCUGGCCUCGGGCUGGAUCGACUGGCUGAUCGUUGAUCCAAUCGUUUGUCCCCCGGAGCAGACAGCUGGCGACCUGUGGCGCACGAAGCGAAGAGAGGCCCUGGAGCAAGGCACGGAGCUGGUUGCGCGCCCGACCGAUUUUGCCGGCGAUUUGGAUCCUGAAGAACCGAGCGAUGAUUGGAUGUACACAGAGAGGUGCGUCUACAUGCCGAAGUCGUACUUUGUCUGCGAUCAUCGUCAAGGCUUUAGAGAGCCAGAAGAGCGUCGCGCAAUCGACGGCAGGGUCGUGCAUCCCCACGAAAUGUCUGAUGAGGAGGCGUGGGCGGAAGAAGAACAGAGACGUUGGAAAGCCCGCAAGGAGUGAGUCUUCGCGUGAAUGAUGGCGCGUGGGCGCAAGCUCAUCCUCUUCGACGCACAAACGUGUAGGCUGUUCCCAUCCAUUCCAGACGAUUUUGUCAUCUUCUGCUGCUUCAAUCAGCUUUACAAGCUCGAGCCGGUGCGUAGGAUAUUGCCCCAAUUGUGCGACUCGUGUGGCUGACUCAACAAAUUGGGCAAUCUAUAGGAGGUUUUCAAGGCAUGGCUGGAGAUCCUGAAGCGAGUGCCUAAUUCCAUCAUCUGGCUGCUACGAUUCCCAGCUGCGGGCGAAGUGCACCUCAUGCGGGCAGCACGCGAAUGGGCCGGAGACGAGGUAGCCUCUCGCAUCGUCUUCACGGAAGUAGCGCCCAAGGGUGUGCAUAUUCAUAGAGGACGUAUCGCAGACUUGUUCCUCGAUGCAUGGGAGUGCGGUGCUCACACGACGAGCGCCGACAUUCUUUGGAGCGGCACGCCGGUACUCACCUGGCCCAAGCACUUGCACAAGAUGUGUUCUCGUGUGGCUGCAAGCAUCGUGCAUGCCACCGGACAUGGUGAUCAGAUGAUCGUCAAUUCUGAAGAGGCGUACAUCGAGCGUGCAGUCGCGCUUGCUCAAGAAUUACAAUACGAGUACUGGGACGGCAAGGGUAAUAGCCUACCGGCAGUCGCUUCUGACAUACAGGUCACUGCCGAGGCGUUGUGCAUCAACACUGCAAGCGGUGCCGCACAACCCCACGUCGCUCCUCAGCAGCAACAAUCGCAGGCCACCUCGGAGGGAGCGCCGGCUGCUCAAAAGACUGGCGCGCCUGGGCAGACUACGGAGCAAGCGCCAGCGAACGUCAAGCAGAAUGCGGCCAACGCUGCAAAUGCCCCCACGCGCGAAGAGCUGGCCGAGGUCAGUCCCCCUCGUUCGCAGAUCCUUCUGAAAAUUGGCCCGCAAGCACCCGCAGGAGCAAGGAUGCGCAGAGGAGCUGGAGAGCUGUCCGAUCUGCGCCGCAAGCUGUUCCUGGAGCGCGAUCGAGAUGGAGGUUUGUUCGACACAAAGGCUUGGACGCGCGCGUUGGAAGCUGGCUACGAAGAAGCUUGGAGGAGAUACGUUGCUGGCACGGAUGUGGAAGAUUCGCCAGAAUGGGAAGCGCUGCCUGAGGAUGCGCCUGAGAAACUGAGUGCGCAUAUAUGGGUGCGAGACGAGUGA